GCACAUCCGGGGAGAGGAUCAGAGGGCGGCACUGGGCGCCUGCGCUACAUGAAGGUGGGACAGAGAGAGGCGCAGGGCCGGCCUGAGUGUGGUCCUGUGACCCCCGAGCCCAGCCCCGUGCUCUGGGCCUUAGUUUCCCCUCCCCGGCCAGGCCAGGGCUCAGGAUGCCAUCUGCUUCACUGAACCCAUCUGUCUGAGACUUGCUCACAUCUUCCUCUUUUGUGACUAGAAGUCACAGGGCAACGCACUGAGCCGCACAGGCACGGAGGGACCACAGAGCCUCAGAGUGUGAAGGGACAGAGGGGAGAGCGGCAAGAGAAGGGGGAGAAGGGGAGCCGGCGCAGAGGUGCCAGGACCAUGGCCGAGUCUGUCACCUACGCAGACCUGCGGUUCGUGAAGGCUCCCCUGAAGAAGAGGGUCUCCAGCCAGCCAGGACAGGACCCAGAGGCUGACGAUGACGGGGAGCUCACCUACGAGAACGUGCAAGUGCCCACACUCUCAGGGGGGGCCUCAAACUUGGCUUCUUCUGGGCUAGGGGACAAGGCCGGGGUGCAGCCGGAGCCGGCCGCCGCGCCCUGGAGCUCCGUGACGUCGCCCGCAGCCUGGCGGCUCCUGGGCGGCCAGGGCAGCCCAACCUGCUGGAAAUACCUCCUUCUGGGCCUGCUCCUCACCUGCCUGCUGUUAGGGGUGGCUGCCAUCGCCCUGGGGGUGCGCUAUGUGCAGGUGUCUCAGCAGCUCCAGCACACGAGCAGGGCCCUGGACGCCACUAACAGCAGCCUGAGGCAGCAGCUCCGCCUGCAGAGCGCGCAGCUGGGCCAGCAGGAGCGGGAGCUGCAGGGCUCCAGGAGGGAGCUGGCCCAGACGCGGGAAGCGCUGCAGGUGGAACAGCGCGAUUGCCAGGCCGUCAGGAAGCAGUCGCAGGACUGGCUGGCCGGCUGGGAGGAGACAAAGGAGGCCCUGAGACAUGAGGAGACGCAGAGGAGGGACGUGGAGGAGAGGCUGAACCGCUUGCGGGACACGCUGAAGCCCCUCUGCGUGCCGGAAACGCCGAAGUCCAACUUGGAACACCACCACCCCUCAGACACCUGCUGUCCCGUGGGAUGGAUACUGAUGGCGACGAAUUGCUUUUACAUCUCACUUAUUAAAAGAAGUUGGGAAGACAGCCAAAACUAUUGUAAAUCUCUGUCCUCCAACCUGGCCACGAUUACGGUGAAUGAGUAUUAUUCAGAUUAUUAUAGCACCAGUGUAUAUAAGGUGUUGGAACAAGCUGAACAGUCUGGUUCAUAUUGGAUUGACACCAGGUUGAAGGACAGGUCUCAUGUUCCCCAAAGGAAAAGAUGUCCCUUUGUACAAAACAAGUGGACAAGAUACCAAUACCAGACAGAGUGUACUACUUCUCUUCCCUGUGUCUGUGAGAUGGCACCUAUUAGGUACCCAGAUUACCACUGAGCUGACAUUUCCUCAACCUGCCUGGAUAGUGCCUGGCCAAGGGCUGAUCUAUGCCUGCUGCCUGCCUGAAAUCCUGUCCCAGAAACUGGACUAUUCCUGGGAAAAGGGUACAGAAGAGAUUUUGGGACCCCCAAGAACCUCC